AUGUGCUCGCAGCCGAUUUUGGAGUCCACGUCGCAUCUCUGCGCCGUCUGCGAGCGCUGGUACUGCAAAUAUCACUGCCGAAGACUGCUCUAUCUCGACGGAAACUCGCCUUCCUACGUCUGUCAGUUCUGUUUCCCGCUGUUUUUCAAUCCGUUCGAGUCGGAGGAGCCGAGUAACCGCGGGAAUGAGGUGGGAUGGGAUGUAGCUCCGUGGAUCCCGGAUUAUAUCGUGGAGGAGUGCACGGAUGUGGAGUGCGACGUACAGUUUUUGUCGUUGAUGCAUCCGUUUCGGAAGCGAAAGCAUCAUUGCCGAUUGUGCGGGAAUGUCUUCUGUGACAAGCAUUGCUCGAAGCGGGUGUUCCUGCCGGAGAAGAAUAUCCCGGAUAUGGUGCGCGUUUGUAAUUUGUGUUUUUCGCUGUGA